UUAAAAUCUAAUAUUGUCGAAAAGAAUAAUAUAUAUUCACUCAGUGUAAAAUCUAAUUAUGCAAUUGGUGAUAUAGAGUUAUCAGAUGAAUUGUAUUAUUAUGAUUGGGUAUCAUGUCCAAAGUUUACUUGUCCUUCUACAAUUAACGAUACUCUAUUAAAAGAUUGUACAUGCGAUUUUACAGACAAAGAUAACUGUCCCAAACAGAUUGGUACUAAUUGUGAUAGGUGUCCAGAUUAUCAAGAUUCGGUGUGUACAGGUGAUUGGGAGGUACUUGAUAAAAUAAAUUAUAUUUAUAAUUUUUCAAUCAAAAAAACUACUCAAUUUAGAUAUAUACCAAAGGAAAAAGUUUGUAUGGGCCUAUCAUCCAAAAUUAACUCACAUGAUGGUUAUGGUACUGUUAAAGGAGGUAGUUUUACAAGUUCAAGAACUGUUUCUGGGCAAAAAAAUAUUCUUUUACAAUUUUGCCCCAUAGAGUUAACUCCCUUUAAUUUAAGUAAAUAUACUUGGACAAUGGAUACCUACAUUUUUGAAAUUACUCCACUUUCUGAAAUGUAUAAUUUUUCUAUAAUUUUAUAUUCCAUUGAAAUCGAUAGUAAUAUAUUAGACCCAAGUUACAAGUGUAAAGAAAAUGAAAAUCAUCCAGGAAUAGGAGAAAUCUUUUGUUUAAAUUUAAAUUAUAAUUCUUUUUCAAGUGGUAUUAAAAAUUAUUAUAUUGAUAUUUUUACCUCAGACUUUUAUUAUUUUAAUGCCCCUUCUUUACCUGCAUCUCCUCAAUUAUUUUUAUAUAUAUCUAAAAAUUCAAGUAACAGGUUCCCAACAUUAGAGAAUUGUGAUUGGAGAUCAAUCGAAGAAGGUAUAUAA